GACCCUCCACCCAACAUGAUCAGCACUCAGCUUAAUGGUGAUAUCCUGAAGCCACAGUUCGUGGAACAGCUGAAUUAUCUGAGAGAUAAAAGCAAGUCAUUGCCUGAAAAAGAGAAAUGUGACCACUUGAGCGCAUGUCUGACUAUAUCCUCCAAGCUAGGUAGUGAUGUGAAGCCUUUCAGACCUGCAGACAAGACUCCACAGAGACCAAAGACUGCUAUGGCUGCUCUAGGAGGGAAUCUAUGGAAUCCAUACGAAACAUCAAUGAAUCGAGACUACCCGCAGAAAGUCAGCCCACAAACUAUUGCUGUACGCCCUAAGAUCUCUAAAAGCUACAGGAACCCCUACUACUUGUGUGAUCCCAUUGGAAUAAGCAUGUAUAGUGAUGAAUUUGGGUGUAAACCCCAUUCCACAACAGAACCUAUCAGAGCUGCAACAUCAUCAGGAGCCAGAAAUCACCGACCUCACCCUGACAAGACUUUUGCAGCCUGGCGGUUACCUCAUCAAGAGAAAAAGAUGACAGAAGACAGCCGCUCUUCUUGUAUUAAGCCUCUAUCUAUUGCAGAGGUGCAGAGAGUAAUGGCAUCCCAAUAUCUCUCCACAUAUAAAAGGGACUAUCUAGGAAUACCACAAGGGUAUCGAAUUAAAUAUGACACUCCACCUGACUGCAGAAAAGCAAUCCCAAAACCUCUAAACACCGAGUGCCGAUUUCAAUAUCAAGUUCAGCCUUGUGUUCCAGAACUGGAAGAUGUUACUCACAAAUACGGAUGUUACUCAACCAGACAUCGUGCAGUAAAAGGAGUUGUUCCUACUGUGACAUAUGCUCAUAUCCAAAACCAACAAAACAGAACGCAACUGACCACAUAUGAGAGGCAUUUCGGAAAAGAGUAUGUUGACCUUUCUGGUCUUGUAGCUUCACUGGAUCCUGCAGAGAUGGCGGGCUAUCUCCAGAGUGUCCCUAAUGAAGAAAGAAGAAUGCUUGAGAAGUUUCUAAAAGCCUUCCAGCAAAAUGACAAUCAACACUUAGAAACAAAAUCAACUCAGACCAAAUUAAAUUGAUGCGUGGAAGAAGACGUGACUUUCUGCUGCUAAUCUGUGUGUGACAGUUCUUCCCUAUAAGAUGAUCGCUGUGAAAUUCUGGUGUUAAAGAAAGACUAAAAGG